ACACCGACGCAGCGAAAACACGUAUUCCCCUAGGCUGGCUCUCUACCAAUAGGGAGUCACCUCCGCAGCCUGCCCUUCCUCCGGGUCACAGUGCAAUGGCAGUGCGGGCUCUGCUGAAGCCUUGGGCACCCGUGUGCCGGGAUAACACCCGGAGGAACAGCGGGCAGGCAGCGGGGUACUGUGUGGAACUGGUCAGAAAGCGUGACUAUGAAGGCUUUUUGUGCACAUUGUUACUACCUCAAGAAUCUCAGAAUUCUGUCUUUGCCCUCCGAGCAUUGAAUGUUGAACUGUCUCAGGUGAAGGACUCGGUCUCCCAAAAGAGCCUUGGUUUGAUGCGGAUGCAGUUCUGGAGGGAUGCAGUUCAGGAUAUAUACAAAGAGACCCCCCCACAUCAUCCUGUCGCCCUAGCGCUAUCCCAGGCAGUCCAAAGGCACCGUCUGACCAAAAGAUGGUUCAUGAGGAUGAUUGAUGCAAGAGAACAGAACCUGGAUGACAGGACUUAUCGGAAUAUUCAAGAGCUUGAAACAUAUGCAGAGAACACGCAGAGCUCCCUGCUGUAUCUUAUUCUGGAGACGCUGGGUAUAAAAGAUGUCCAAGCAGACCAUGCAGCCAGCCACAUUGGAAAAGCUCAAGGCAUUAUCACCUGUAUGAGAGCAGUACCCUAUCAUAGCAGCCGACGGCAGGUCUUCCUCCCCAUUGAUAUUUGCAUGUUGCACAGGGCUUCACAAGAGGAUUUCAUUAGAGGCAGUCUUGAGAAAAAUGUCAAAGAUGUCAUAUUUGAUAUUGCCAGCCAAGCCCAUGUUCACCUAGAACAUGCUCGGUCUUUUAAGAAAAGAAUUCCAAAAUCAGCCUUCCCUGCCUUUAAUAUCACAGUCGCCCUGGAUUGGCAUUUAAAAACCCUUCGAAAGGCUGACUUCAAUAUAUUCCAUCCAAGCUUACAGAGGAAAAAUACUUUGCUUCCGUUAUCUUUGUAUGUCCGAUCAUGGAAACAAUCCUACUGAAAUAUAUAAACAUUAUUUAAUUUCUAAAAACUCUCUUUAUUCUUUUUUUUAUGUAUGUCAUUGCUCCUUUGAUGUCAACACAAUGAUGGAGUCCACAUUAAAUCUCUUCACACAUCUCCCCCUUGGCACCGGCUUAUAUGUAUCUUACUGAAGAUGGAUAUUUAUACAGCAAAUUACUUUAUAAAUCUAUAAAUGGCUAAUUUAGUGUCCAAUAUUGAAGGCUUUAUCAACCAAAAUGGUACAUGG